AUGCGUAGGCGAGAGCAUCAGGAAGCUCAGACGGAAUUAAAGGAUCAGCAGGCGCAUAUUGAGUCUCUCGUGCUAAGGUUGAGCGAGCAAGAACAUCGACAGAUCCAGAUGGAGCAGGAGAUGUCGGGGCGGUUCAACCGUGAGAGCGACCGGACUUCAGCACUUGAGCAGAUGAUGAUGCAGAUGAUGAUGCAGAUGCAGGUUCAACAACAACCGACUCCGACUUUGACGCAUGAGGACUUGAUGCGGAUUGCUGCCAUGAUAUUCCCGAUGGUAUUCUACGAAUCCCUCAUGGCUAUCGUUCAUCUCGCUGAGAACGACAUGAUGAUUUUAAACGCUAAUUUGACCACGCAAGUCCGAGGAGAGAUGAUCCGUACGGGAUAUCGUCCAUUUCCAGCUAUCAGCGCAUUGACAUCUGCCUCUUCCUCAACUCAACACUAUGGAGCGGAGACCGUUGACCAUCACGACGGCGACAACGACAACAACGACGGCAACGAUGAUGAACUUACGGAUCUUGGCUUUGACGGGUUCGACUUUUCCGAUUCAGAGGAGGAUUGA